AUGAAACUUCUCUUGAUUUUCGUGGUUUUGAUUGGAAUUUGCGUGGCAUGUGAUAAUUUUAUCAAAUAUACCAAUAUGUUCUGCAAAUAUGGAUCCGAGGAUAAACCAUGUGUUUCAUCUGAUGGUGAGUUGAAAAUCUUGGCCCUUGGAUCUAGAAUUUCAAAAUCAAACUGUGAAUAUUUCAAAUCAGCAGUUAAGGCGGACAUUUCUAGAGAAUCUGAAAAAGUUCAGAAUUUUUCAGAUUCAAAUUUAUUUUCAGCCUGACAUGAGUUCCCUUUUUCGUCUAUUUAUAAAUUCCGAAAACCAUGAAGAGUUCCAAUUUUUGCAGCCCGUGCAUUCAAAGCUGCUUGUUGCUCAAUGCCAGGAAAAUGCAGCUUUUCCGAAUUUCCAAAAGACAAUGUCUGCUGUUUCACUCAAGAAUGUUUGAAUCGCUGCUAUCCAGGAAAACGCUAUCAAUUGGGUACUGUAUAUUAA